AUGGACGAUUUUGUAAGAGCACAGAACUCAGAACCUACUACAUCAAAUAGAGCUCAUUCCCAGGUAGGUGGGGAUGCUUUAAUGGGUGGAGAUCACCCAGGGGAGAAUGCUGAGAUGAGCGCUCAUGAACUAUCCCAUGAACUACCAUCUGAGGGGGCACCGCUCUAUGCAGAAAUACUGGCGGACCACUGUCUGCAGACUGCAAGAACAGUGGAGGAAAUUAACAUCAAAUUAGAAAAGGUAACGUCUCUCCUGACGGAGUUGGUGCUUCUGGCAGCCAAAAAUAGCUCACUCAGUAUUAAAGAGACCGACCACAGCGUUGCCCUCCCCCUAGACCAUCGUGUACAGGGGUGUAACCAGUCUGGACUUGAUAACCAAGAGACUACAAAUAGUAAAAACAACAAAUGCGAAAGUAGGGACCUGAUCCUACAAAGCACUCAAGUAGCUCUCGAUAUAUAUCCUUUUAAUGGUAUGCUGCCUUACUGGAAAUCAAUCGACAGUGUGAAGAGAAACUUUAAGCUUUUACUAAAUAUCCAUUGCAACACUCUGAUCGCGAUAAACUUGCUUUGCACGGACCCCCAGCACACUAGACUCAUGCUGACAUUUUCUGACUCAGCUAUCCCUAAAAUGCUCCUGAAAUAUAGGGCCCUAUUACAGGACUAUAAUAUUGAGUUGAGGCACGUUUUUAAAGACACAGAACGAAAACAACUACCAAACUUGUCGUAUAGCCGGUCCGACCCCAAGCAAUCAAUGCCCUCUCUGCCGAAGGGCUUUCGCCAUAGGGCCAUGAUUCAUUUGGAAGGGCCGUCAAAGAUGGAUAUGUGCGGCGAACCCAGCCGUAACACUCCCUUGGAGAGGAUAGCGUCAGAGGAAAAAGGCCAAACACACAAAGAACGCCAGCCCAAUCUAGAUAAUUCAAAGAUAGGACACUCUAUUACGCCUUUGGCAGAUCCAGAAUUUCACCACUCUUUACGCCGGCUGGAAUCUGAUCAGCCAAUGCCAAGUGACGCUCCUUCCAAGGGAAAUGUGACACACAGAAAGCCAGAGACAGAUUUAAUUGUCUUUGACGAAGACCUCCCAAUGGUCCCAGCAAUUCAGAUAAGACCGUCGAUGCCGGGAAAUCGGGAAAAUGCUGCAACUCAACCCCGAGAACAACACCGUGCAUAUCCUAAGAACGGUUGCAUCAUUACCGAACCAGUGGGAGAGCUGAUAACAAUUUCCCCACCACAAUGA